UCUCGAAUCAUUACUUCAAAUUAUUGAAUGCAGCUUCAUUAACUCAGUCCAGUAUCGUCGAUCCAAUCAGCGUUUCUGUGAUAACUACUAUUACGAGAAACUAUGAGUUUCAGAGACGAUAACGAAGAUGGAAGGGACCUACGGAAGCCGUUUUUGCACACUGGGAGUUGGUACAAAAUGGGUUCCAGACAGUCUAGUAUCAUGUCUUCAUCAGCUCAGAUCCUCCGUGAUGGUUCCAUCUCCGUCGUCUUUUGCGUCCUCAUCGUCGCCUUGGGCCCCAUCCAAUUCGGUUUCACGUGUGGCUACUCUUCACCUACGCAAGAUGGAAUCAUCAAUGAUCUUAAUCUUUCAAUUUCAGAGUUCUCCAUAUUCGGCUCUUUAGCAAAUGUGGGAGCUAUGGUUGGUGCGAUAGCUAGUGGUCAAAUAGCAGAGUACAUUGGCCGGAAAGGGUCGCUAAUGAUUGCUGCGAUUCCUAAUAUCAUAGGAUGGCUCGCCAUAUCGUUCUCCAAAGAUUCUUCAUUUUUAUUUAUGGGAAGGUUAUUGGAAGGGUUUGGCGUUGGUGUAAUCUCUUACACGGUGCCUGUGUACAUAGCUGAGAUAUCACCUCAAAACAUGAGAGGAAGUCUUGGAUCUGUGAAUCAGCUCUCAGUUACAAUUGGAAUAUUUCUAGCGUAUUUCUUGGGACUAUUUGUCAACUGGAGAGUGCUUGCAGUUUUAGGGAUUCUGCCAUGUACAAUAUUGAUACCUGGGUUAUUUUUCAUACCGGAAUCUCCUCGAUGGCUGGCCAAAAUGGGGAUGACAGAAGAUUUUGAAGCAUCUUUGCAAGUUUUACGGGGUUUUGAUACAGAUAUUUCUAUUGAAGUUAAUGAAAUAAAGAGGUCUGUAGCGUCCUCAACCAGAAGAACAACAAUACGAUUUGCUGAUCUAAAGCGAAAAAGAUAUUGGUUUCCGUUGAUGGUAGGAAUUGGAUUAUUGGUUCUCCAACAACUCACUGGCAUCAACGGUGUUUUGUUCUAUUCGAGUACCAUUUUUAAAAGUGCUGGGAUCUCUUCAAGUAACGCUGCCACAUGUGGACUGGGGCUUGUUCAGGUCAUUUCUACUGGGGUCAAUACAUGGUUGAUGGACAGAGCUGGCCGCAGGCUGCUUCUUUUAAUAUCCUCAACUGGGAUGACUGUUAGCAUGUCACUUGUUGCAGUUGCAUUUUAUUUGGAGGGUAUUGUGUCUGAAGAUUCUCGUUUAUAUAGCAUACUGGGGAUACUGUCACUUGUGGGCCUUGUGCUUCUGGUGAUUUCCUUCUCCUUGGGAGUUGGGGCAAUUCCUUGGGUUAUUAUGUCCGAGAUACUUCCAGUAAAUAUCAAGAGCCUUGCGGGCAGCGUUGCAACAUUGGCAAAUUGGCUGGCAUCCUGGAUAGUUACAAUGACUGCAAAUUUACUUUUGACUUGGAGCAAAGGAGGAACCUUCACUAUUUACACGAUAGUCACUGCUUUCACUGUUGCUUUUGUGUCCCUUUGGGUCCCUGAAACCAAAGGAAGAAGUCUGGAAGAAAUUCAGUCUUCUUUUAGAUGAAAGUGUUGUAUCUACCCUAAUCCUUUGCAAGUAUGUGUCAAU